CAGUACCUUACACGUACUUCUUCGACAUUUUAAACUAGUCGAUUGUCUUUCUUUCGCUCGCGCGGUUGUUUUAGGACCGGAAUUGAUUAAACGUUAUUUCGUUUUACCGGUUUUUAAAACCUUUUUUUAAUGAUAUUUGAUGCGAAAAAGAUCCUACAUAUUUUAGCCCUAAAAAAUUUUUAGUUGUUAUAUGAAUUGUGGAGUUAAUGUAAAAUGCAACCUUCACUCAUCCCAUAAUGAGAAGAAACAUGCAGCAACUCAUCAGAAGAAUACGUCUUCUCUUGGAUUCCUCAAUUUUUCAUUCUACGUUAGACACAUAUAAGAAUAUAGCGCGCUUAUGAUAACAAAAAACGGAUCAUCUAAAAAAAUAAGAUAUAUGCCAUUUUAGUUGUUAGAUAAUAUAAACUAGUCAAUUUAGAAAUAAGUAAUUUAUAUUAACUAAUUGUGCCAAAUAUAGUUUCAAACAAAACCAAAAAGAUAUGGCAGUUAUAGCGGUUCCUGCAAUAGCAACAGCUGUCAAAGCUGGAGUGGCACUGAUUGGUGUCGGAAAAGUUGCAGUUUUGCCAUUUUUAAUAGCUGCCCUCACGUAUUUUCAUUAUGAUCAGUUUGAUCCAGAAAAUAGACCGGUUGAUAGAGAUCCAGACUCAAAAUACGAUUUCAUAGUGAUUGGUGCAGGCUCCGCUGGAGCGGUGAUGGCUAAUCGACUCUCGGAAGUACCACAAUGGAAAGUACUUUUACUGGAGGCCGGAGGACAUGAAACAGAGAUAUCAGAUGUACCGAUUUUAAGCCUUUACUUGCAUAAAAGCAAACUUGAUUGGGGUUAUAAAACUGAGCCACAACCAACAGCCUGCCAAGCCAUGAUAGAAAACAGGUGCAGUUGGACUAGAGGAAAAGUCCUAGGAGGAUCGAGUGUCCUUAACACCAUGUUAUACAUAAGAGGAAAUAAAAGAGAUUAUGACAGGUGGGCCCACUUUGGAAAUGAAGGCUGGUCCUAUGAAGAAAUCCUUCCAUAUUUCAAGAAAAGUGAAGAUCAGAGGAAUCCUUACUUGGCACGGGAUAAAAGAUAUCAUGCCACAGGUGGCUAUCAAACUGUCCAAGAUAAUCCAUAUAACACACCACUAGGCAUUGCGUUCCUUGAAGCUGGACAAGAAAUGGGAUAUGACGUAAGAGAUAUAAAUGGCGAAAAACAGACUGGAUUUGCCUUAUAUCAAUUUACUAUGAGACGAGCAUCUAGAUGUAGUACAGCCAAGGCCUUUUUGAGGCCAAUAAGACAAAGACCAAAUUUUCACCUCUCACUAUGGAGCCAUGUCACUAAAAUACUGAUAGAUCCUAAAACCAGAAGAGCUUAUGGAGUAGAGUUUAUCAAAAAUGGAGAAAAACGUACUGUUUAUGCCAAAAAAGAAGUAAUUCUGUCUGGAGGAGCAAUCAAUAGCCCCCAACUCCUAAUGCUUAGUGGGGUAGGUCCUGCACAACACCUUCAAGGGCAUGGCAUUCCAGUUAUACAUGACUCCCCUGGCGUAGGACAAAAUUUACAAGAUCACAUUGCUGUUCCUAUCACGUUUUUGAUUGAUCAUCCAAUAUCACUUGUAAUUAAUAGAUUGGUCAACCUUAACACUGCAUUAAGAUAUGCUUUAAAAGAAGAUGGACCACUGACUUCAUCAAUUGGGUUAGAAGCGGUUGGUUUUAUUCCAACGAAAUAUGCCAAUAGGUCCGACGAUUGGCCUGAUAUGGAGUUUAUGAUUUUAAGUACUACUACUGCCGCUGAUGGAGGUACUCAAGUAAAAAAAGCUCACGGCCUUACUGACGAGUUCUACAAGGAAGUCUUCUCAGAGAUCAACUAUAGAGAUACAUUCGGCAUAUUCCCAAUGAUGUUACGCCCCAAAUCACGUGGGGAAAUAAAGUUACGUUCCAAAAACCCCCUAGACUCUCCCCUUUUAUAUCACAACUACCUGACCCAUCCCCAUGACGUCAACGUACUACGAGAAGGGGUGAAAUCUGCCAUAGCAUAUGGAAACACCGAGGCACUGAAGAGGUUCGGUUCAAGAUUUCAUGAGAAACAAAACAGAGUACCUAAGUGCAAACAUUUACCACCAUACACUGACGAAUAUUGGAAUUGUUUUAUCAGGCAAUAUACCUUAAGCAUUUACCAUUAUUCUUGUACGGCUAAAAUGGGUCCCCAAGAUGAUCCCUAUGCCGUUGUUGACCCUCAAUUAAGGGUGUAUGGAGUAUCGGGCUUAAGGGUUAUAGAUGCUUCAAUAAUGCCCACCAUACCAAACGGCAACAUUAAUGCUCCUACUAUAAUGAUAGGAGAAAAAGGAGCCGAUUUGGUUAAGAGUUAUUGGUUUGCAGUUGGUAGGAGAAAACGAAGAGAGCUGUUAAAAGAAAAUGAGCUUAAUCACGAUCCCGUGGUUAGAUUUAAUGCUAAGUUAAGAGAUGAUGGGAAUAUUACGAGAGUAAUAUUUUAGAUUAAAAGUUUUAGUAUUCUUAAUUACCACAAGUUAAUCUAAUUUAAUGAAUAUUAUAUAAGAUGUAAAUAGUCAUAUUAGAAAAAUAGAUGAAAAUUGCCAUUAUUUUAUUAUAAAUAGAUAGGUCGUAGAUCGAGAAUAUUAUUUUAUUAAGUUGUUUUUAAGUAAAUGCUCAACACCUAACUUGCUCAUUGAAUUGUACAUAGUAGCUUCUAGGCCAUUUUUGUAUUUUUUUAAUAAAAAAAUGAUUUAAUAUAAACAAAAAAGUAAAAUCUUA